UCUCGCUAUAUAAUUUAACUCAAAAAGUAAAAUAAAGCUAAUUAAUAGACGUGUUUUAUGCCAGCUACACUGUACAUUUUCUAUGUAUUUGUGGAAUUUUAGUUUUGUGGAAUAUAAAUGCAUUCAUUUGGAAGAUGUUUUUAUCCAAAACCAAUUAUAAGUCUACAGCCUUUUCAGGUUACAUAAAAAUAAACUACUCUUUUUUUCCCCCAAUGGCAAGUGAAAACGUCCCGAUCUGCCAGCAGCCAGUCUCCUCUAUAUAAAGCCCGGUGAUGCUCCAUGAGCUCAUUCAGGUGCGGAGAGUCAGAGGAGAGAGAAGCGGCUGCGGCUCAGAUACACGUAAGAACCGUACAUAAAAAUAGGAAUAAAGAGUUUACGCGCAUGAGGAUCACAUGCUGCAUCUGUAGGAUGCCUUUCAGGUACACAUUUGCGUAGCACAUGGAAUCUUCUUGAAAUCGUAUGGGUGCGUAAAGCCGUGCCAUGCAAGGGAACAGCAGCGCGUUGGAGCCGGGUUUAGCCGCGUGUGGACCGUCUCUGGACGAGGGCGAUGCUCUGUCGAACCGGACCGCUCUCCACAACCUGUCUCUCCGCUGCUGGCUGCAGCUGCUCUCCAGAGAGUCUGCGCCGGAGCUCUACGGCGACAGCUCGAACGUGGCCAUGCGCGUCGUGAUUGCGCUCGUCUACCUGAUCGUGUGCGCUCUGGGGCUCGUCGGGAACCUGCUGGCGCUUUACCUGCUCCAGUCGCGCCACAGACUCAAGCAGUCGUCCAUCAACUGCUUCGUCAUGAGUUUAGCCGUGACGGACCUGCAGUUCGUCCUGACUCUUCCGUUCUGGGCCGUGGACACCGCUUUGGACUUCAGAUGGCCGUUUGGAAAGGUGAUGUGUAAGAUCAUCAGCUCGGUCACCACUAUGAACAUGUACGCGAGCGUGUUCUUCUUGACAGCCAUGAGCGUUGCGCGCUACUGCUCCUUGUCCUCUUCCCUGCGGAUGCAAAGUCCCAAAACGGCCUCGGCUGAGGUCAAGUGGGCCAGUUUGGGAAUCUGGAUCGUGUCCGUGGUGGCCACCAUCCCUCACGCGGUUUACUCCACCACGGCGCAGGUGUCCGACGACGAGCUGUGCCUCGUCCGCUUCUCGGAUUCCGGAAGCUGGGACCCGCAGCUGCUUCUAGGUCUCUAUCAAACCCAGAAGGUCCUCCUGGGCUUCGUGAUUCCGCUGGUCAUCAUCUGCGUUUGUUACCUCCUCCUGCUGCGCUUCGUUCUGCGGCGGCGCGUCAGUGGAAUCCCCGGCUCGGACAGCGAGAGAGGGCGGCACAAGCGCCGUUCCAAAGUCACCAAAUCGGUCACCAUCGUGGUUCUGUCGUUCUUUCUGUGCUGGUUGCCCAACCAGGCUUUGACCCUUUGGGGGGUGCUCAUCAAAUUCGAUCUGGUGCCGUUCAGCAACGCGUUUUACAACGCGCAGGCCUACGCGUUCCCCAUCACCGUGUGCCUUGCGCACACCAACAGCUGCCUGAACCCGGUGCUGUACUGCCUGAUCCGCCAGGAGUACCGCACUGGCCUCAAGAAACUGCUGUUUAGAGCCACUCCGUCCAUCCGGAACCUGGCCAAGCUGGUGUACCGGAGGAAGAAGGUGGCGGAGGCUCCGCCCGCAGUGUCCGUGGUGCAGAUGGAGAUCGGGAUGUGACUUUACCAACGAGGGAAAAAAAACAAACAAACAAAAAAAAAAACACUGAGACUAGUUUGAACUUUUGAAUACAUCUUCGUAUACUUAAGCAACGUGGAUUUGCAAAUAUCAGACAUUGCUGACUUGAAAUAGAAUUGCAUUGGCGUAUAUGAUAGUUACAUCUACAUUACCAGACAAACGUUUGGACGCACUUGUGUUUCUCACGGUCUCCAAAACUUUUUUUUUUCUUAAUACCCCCAC